AAUGAAAACAUGAAAUAUUGAAAUUCAAAAAGACAAAUCGUUAAUCUUCGCGUCCUACACGUGUAGAAGCUAAAGAAGAACAUCAAGGACCGUUCAAUGACACGGGUUCCAUUUAUAAUUCGAGCCGGGUUAUCGGUUCUAUACUGCGGAACCGGUCCUUCUCUAACGGCUUUUUUCAAAGAUCCCAACGACCUGACCCAAACUUCGUGUUUGUAUUCCAAGCUUUGGCGAAGACGAAAAUGGAUUCCUUACCAUACGCUGAUGUUGAUUCAAGUUUGAGAGCAUUGGCGGGUAGGGCCGAGGGGUUUGGCCGGUUCUCUGUUGGGGGUCUCCGUGGACCCGUGUACUAUGUCACCACCUUGGCAGAUGAUGGUCCUGGAUCACUCCGCGAAGGAUGCAGGAAAAAAGAACCGCUCUGGAUUGUUUUCGAGGUUUCAGGAACAAUAAAUCUGUCGUCCUAUUUGAAUGUAUCAUCCUAUAAGACAAUUGAUGGUCGAGGCCAUAGGAUAAAGUUCACAGGUAAAGGCUUAAGACUGAAAGAAUGUGAACACAUAAUUAUAUGCAACCUUGAGUUUGAAGGUGGUAGAGGUCAUGAUGUUGAUGGGAUUCAAAUAAAACCAAAUUCAAAGCACAUAUGGAUAGACCGUUGCACCCUUUCUGAUUAUGAUGAUGGACUCAUAGAUAUCACAAGACAAAGCACCGAUAUUACCAUCUCCAGAUGUCACUUUAGCAAUCAUGACAAGACAAUGCUUAUCGGAGCCGACCCCUCUCACAUUGGUGACAGAUGCAUUCGUGUGACAAUCCACCAUUGCUUUUUUGAUGGGACAAGGCAAAGACACCCGCGUGUUAGAUUUGGGAAAGUUCAUCUCUACAACAAUUACACCAGAAACUGGGCUAUCUAUGCUGUUUGUGCCAGUGUAGAAUCCCAGAUAUACUCGCAAUGCAACAUAUAUGAAGCAGGACAGAAGAAAAAGACUUUUGAAUACUAUAUGGAGAAGGCAGCAGACAGGGCAGAGGUGAAGUCAGGUUUAAUAAGAUCUGAGGGGGAUUUGUUCCUGGGUGGAGCUGAAGCUAUCACAUUCAAAGGAGAAGGCAUAUUUCAUCCUAGUGAAUAUUAUCCAUCAUGGACGAUGGAACCAGCCGCAAAUUGUCUUCACAGUAUCCUCCAAAUUUGUGCAGGUUGGCAAUCCGUGCAGAGGCCAGCUGAUAAUAUGGUAAUUCCAUAAGAUUUGAUAUGGUAUAUCUAUCUUCAAAAAGAGGAGGGUGUUUAUUUACUUUGAGAGAGAAGUAUGAUGAUUUUGUCGGUCUUGCCAAACAUUUCUCAGAUGCUCAGUCAGUCAACUUAAGACCUUAUUGAACUUAGUAAAACUGGGACUCUGAUACUGGUUAUAAACACAUGGUUAACCUAUAGCGUUCACAAGUUUGUUUUCUUCAAGUUACAUUCUGAAUAAGCAUGCAUAUGCGCAUAAAGUUUCCCAAUUGAACCAAUUAUCAAGUCAGGAUAUGAAAGUUCUGUAUUACAUACACAUAUAUUUGUUGAUAUACGUACUUAAAUAUAUUUAUACCUUUUUCCAAUCUAA